AGCUUGUUUCUGAGGAGAGCCUGAGGCUCUCACGGUCACGUCUGAACAUGAGCCGGGCUCUGCCCCUCGGUGCUGAGGGGAACGGGAGGGUUGCGCUUGACGAUCACUGGGCUGGUUUGCACGCGGUCGAUUUCUUCCCGCAUCUUCUGGGGAGCGCGGUUCCUUCCUUCCCAGCAAGGACCGCGCCCUAAAGCACUCCCAUCAGCUCAGAUUUUCUCUUCUUGGUCCAUUUCCACCUCCCCGCCCCUGCCCGCGGUGUCUUAGCCUUUAGAAUGACGUCGGCCUUGUCCUCCAGCCUUGCUGGACCUGCUCUGCCUUGCCUUGUUUGAAACAGCAGGAGCUCUGGGUGACCCGUUUAAUUCCCCCGACACUCCUGCAGGGGCCUGCUGCCUGAGCCCUGGAGUCGUGGAACUUCCAUCUAGAGAGGGCAAGCGAGGUCCCUGUGACUUAGACCCUAACCCAGAGAUGGAGCAGGCGGGCCCUUCCCCCACCGUCACCGAGCAGCAGCUGCAGAGGCAGGAGGGACAACACAGCACCAGAACCGACUCGGCCCAGCAGAGUCUCGUUUCUUCAGAAGAGUGGCUGCAGCUGCAUGGGCUGAAGAGCAACAGAUUGACCUUGAGACAGAUCUUAUCACAAAUCGGGUUCCCACAUCAAGAAGAGUAUGUGACUUCUUUGGGGAGAUUUGUAUCUUCCCGAUAUGCCGAUGGCCUGUUUCCGCAGUUUGACAAAGCAGAUGGCUUGGUGUACAAUCUGACGGCUAAAUCAGAACUGAUCCAGCAGUUUGUGGAACGUUUAACGCAGGCCAUAGCGAGCUACAAGCGGCGGAUGAACUGGCUCACCAGCGGCAGCCGGCAGGUUUUCGGUGUCAUCUUGGAACAGUGCGUCACCAUCGUGCUGGACCUCGGCGACGUGCGGGAGGAGGAGCUCCCUCUGUGCCGGGACGCUCUGACCAUGGUCCUCCGGGAGCAGGUGGCUCACCUGACCAGCUUCAACCUCAUGUGUGUUUCUCAGGAGCCUGUGAAAUGGCGGGAAGACGCUGCUCCUGUGACGGAACCAUCCAUUUCUGCCGCCGUCAAGUGGGUCGAGCAUCUGCCGUUUGAGCUGGCCGGGAGCCCGGCUGGUCCCCUGGGAGCUCUGCGGGAAGCCCAGGAGGACAAAACAAUUGAAUCCGUUUACUACUUUGUGGUUGGGGCUGUUCCUGAGGAGUCCAAGGGGCUCCUCAUGCAGGAAGUGCUGCAGAGCCUGCGUCCAGUCUGCACCGUGUCCUUCAAUGCCCGAGGAGACGGCACCAUCGCCUUUUUAAAGGAGCUGAGCGCCAGGACCCAGGGCAGAUUCCACGCGUUUGCAGAGAGAACGGAGUGUAUGGAAUUUCCUGCUUUCGCCGUGCAGGAAGGGGAAGGUGUCGUCACUUGGAACUCAAGGAAACUGAAAGGGGAGCCCCCCCCAGGAGCCGGGGUCCGGGAGGACGUGUUCCUGAUGUGGAAGGAGAUGGAGGAAGCCUGCGGCGUGCGGGCCCAGCUCUGGGGGCUGCUGACCCAGCCUCCCACGGCCAGCGCGGCCAGCGCAGCCUGCGGGUCAGAAGCAACCACUGUCCAGAAGGAGCCAAAUCCAGAGGACACCUGGGACUCUAAGAAGUGGCUACAGAAGUAUGGCUUGAAAGCCCAGAAGCUGUCAUUUUAUGACGUCCUUGCGGAGUGCUCCUUCCGCCAUGCCGAUGGGGUUGUUGAUAUAAAAGCCAAGCCGGAGGAUGAGUCCUUGCAGACCAGUGCGGAGACAAACAGGAAGACGGUCCACGCGAGAUACUGCAGCAGGUUCGUGCACGCUCCCUGGAAGGACGGCAGCUUGGUCCACGUCUGCAUCACCAAGGAGAGGUGCAGGUGGUACCGCAAGAGGAUCCACGAGGUCCUGGACCAGAUCGAAAAGAGGAUUAAAUGGCUACGAGAUGGGAGUCAAAUCCUCUUUGGGAAAGUGCUAAAUGAUUGUGUCUAUGUCCUCAUCGAUACAUCUCACUCAAUGACGGGCAAACUGGACCUGGUGAAGGACAAGAUCGUUCAGUUUCUGCAGGAACAGCUGCGAUAUAAAAGGAAAUUCAAUUUUGUGAAGUUUGAUGCCCAGGCAGUUGCUUGGCAGGAAAAACUUGCUGAAAUUGAUGAAGAUAAUUUGAAAAGUGCCUGUUCCUGGGUUAGAGACAUAGAGAUUGGAAGUUCCACAAACACCCUGGAUGCCCUGCAGCUUGCUUUUGCUGAUACAGAAACAGAAGCCAUCUACCUUCUGACAGAUGGGAGACCUGACCAGCCACCUGAAAUGAUUAUAGACCAAGUAAAAGUUUUUCAGAAAAUUCCUAUUUAUACCAUCUCCUUCAAUUAUGAUGAUGCAAUUGCAAAUGAAUUUUUGAAAGAGCUUGCUUGUUUGACUGGAGGAGAGUUCCGUUCUUACAAGUUUGGCUGCAAGGACUCCUGCUCUCCAGAGACUCUUCAGAAUGAAGAUUUGGCUCUUUUAGUUAAGGAAAUGGAGCAGGGAAGAAGCGACCUGGAGAAGAUGGAAAACCUUUAUUCCGAGUCCCUGAUCAUGGAUUGGUGGUACAAUGUGGAUAAGGAGGGAGGCAAUAAGCAUCGAAAAGAAAUCUCUUCUAUGAUUUCAACCCCAGAAUCUGCAAAACCUUGGUCUAUUAUCGAAGCGACACCAACAUCAUCCCCAAAUAUGUCAACAGCAGGGCGGGUCCUUCCAGGUCAAAAGGCUCCAAAAAAGAAAAUCCUCCACGCAGCUCCUUUGACCUCUCUCCCUGGGAUCCCCACAGAACCGACCAGAACCAGCCUGCUCAGGAGCCAGCUGUCCACCCUCAGGAGCUCAGCCUGCAGCGGGAGGAAGGCCGGCCUCUCGGGUCGCAGCAGCUCGAACCCCGCCGCGAAUGACACAGAAAUGAGCAUCCUCCUGACACAUGAGCAUCCAGAUGACAAACCAGUAGAAACACCGACUCAAGAAGGAAGGCGAGUUUAUGAGAAAAGUUCCUUAGAUAUGUCUUCAGCAAAUUGGCUCAAGGCCCACGGCUUGGUGGCACAAAAACUCACCAUCAUGGAUGUCUUGUCAGUGACUGCAGUCCCCCACAGCUCCACCUACGUCCCAGUUCUGGACAGACACGUCACCUCCAAGGUCUUUGAUGAGGUGUUCCCUCUGGCACACGUGUCCACCGACACAAAUAAGAUGACGCUAAUUAACCCCCAAGGAGUCAAGCUCAACAUCUACAAGCAGAAAGUGGAACAAGCAAUUAAAUCCUAUGAAAAGCGCUUGAAUAAAAUUGUUUGGCGAGCAUUAUCUCAAGAGGAAAAAGAAAAGUUAGAUGCAGACAAGCCCAUGCGGUACUUGGAAAACAAGAUGGCUUUAAACGAGGCGUUAGAACGGCUGAACUGGCCCAUUUCCUUGGAAGAGCUGUCGUUGCUGGAGAAUGAAAUCCUCGCCGGGAAGCUGUACGUCCAGCAGGCCCUAGGGCUCCAGGAGGCCGCCAAGAAGGAGGUUCACCAACAGAAACUGCAGGUAAAUCCAACAAAGAAGAUCAAAUCAAAAAGGCCAGAUCCUCUCAAAGGGCAGAAGGUUAUUGCAAGAUGUGAUGAAAACGGCUUUUAUUUUCCAGGGGUCGUGAAGAAGUGUGUAAGCCCCUCCCACGCGCUGGUGGGCUUCAGGUACGGAGACACCAAGGUGGUGCCCACCUCCUUUAUCACGCCCGUGGGGGGCGCCAUGCCCUGCCCGCUGCUCCAGGUUGGAGAUUACGUGUUUGCCAAAAUUGUGAUACCAAAAGGAUUUGACUUCUACGUCCCUGCCAUUGUCAUAGCGCUCCCGAACCAGGAUGACACAGCAAAUAAAUUGUACACCGUUCUGAAGUGUAACAACCGGAGAGAAUUUUGCCCUCGAAGUGCGCUUAUUAAGAUCAGCCAAAACAAGUAUGCUCUUUCUUGCUCUCAUAUAAAGUCACCCCUACUUCAGGAGGCUCCAGAAAUGCAGGACCUGGAGGACACGAGCUCUACCACCCUGGUGUGGCCACCAGAGGACAACGCCGGAGACCCAUCGGGGCCGAGAAAGAAGCAGCAGCCGCCAGCCCCAAAGCUGCCCCUCCCGGCUAAGGCCGCAUCCUCAGACUCUGAGGGCUCCUCCAACGGCCCCGGGUCCCAGGGGUCCCGCUCCAGGAGGCACCCCAAGCCCAAGGUGGGAGGGGGCCGCCACCGCUGGUCGCCGGAAGACCCCGAAGCCUCCUUCAAGAACAGUGCCCGCGAGAUCGCUCCCCAGUUUCCGGGCCAGCUCAGGUCCCGCUGCAGCGGGAACACCAACACCUUCGAGUAACGCUGGCAUCCACGUGCUCGGGGGCGUCCCCAGCUGCCCCGCCAUCGCGGCCCGCCCCGGCCUCGGAGAGCCCCCCACCGCGGCCGGGGGCCAAGGCCCUCGCUGAGACCCCUCGGAGCGGCCCGGAGGCACCGCAGUCCCGCAGGGCUGCCACCCGCCGGCUGCCCAGGUAAGGCCCCCCACUCCCGGUGCCCCCGCGGCUCAGGCCUCCUCCCUCACCCCCACGUGCCUCUCCUCCCGGCGGGGGCUUCGCCCGACCGCUCUGUCCCCUCCUGCUUCCUCAUCUUCCAAAACCGUACCUCAGGCAGGUGCUCUGCACCCGGAACUUUCAACCUGACUCUCGGCUGUCGUAGAAUUUUCUAACUUUUUGCAAGUCAGUGGAGUUACAAUCCCAGCUGUGCUGGCUGCAGUCUUGUUUAAAUUGAUUAUCCCAUCUGAAUUAGGGAUUUUAUCACCCAAUAUUAGGACUGAAAUUAAGACCUGCUAGCUUGUCUGAGAUUAGCAGUACCAAACAUUUCCUAUUUUAAUGUUUUCUGGAAGUUUGUGUUGCUCCCUCCCUAAUUCCUCUUGUCUUAUAGUCUGUUGUAGGUACCUGAAAUUGAGUGCAGAACCAGAAUAAAAACUCUUACUUGAGAACCUUUAA